AUGGACCGUUGGACUGGUAAGGUGGCUCUCGUAACAGGGGCCAGUUCGGGUAUUGGUGCUGCUACGGUUAAGGCUCUCGCCAACGCCGGCAUGAUCGUGGUCGGUCUUGCGCGGCGUGUCGAGCGUGUGGAGGCACUACGAGCGGAAGUCACCGAAUCGGCUGCAAAACAUCUGCACGCCAUCCGGUGUGACAUAACGCGGGAGGAAGACAUUUUGGCCGCCUUCCGGCAGGUCGAAGAACGGUUCGGCGGGGUGGAUGUGCUAAUCAACAAUGCGGGCGUAGCGGUCGGUGGCAUUACUCUGUUCACGCCCGAAAAUACUGCCGAGCUGAGGCGGGUGGUCGAUACGAACGUGAUGGGGCUGGUGCUGUGCAGUCGGGAAGCGUACCAGUCGAUGAGCAGCCGCUCGGUCGAUGGCCAUAUCGUGCACGUGAACAGUAUCGUUGGUCAUUCGGUGCCGGCGUUUGCGAGUUUUAAUAUCUAUCCCGCCACCAAGUUCGGUGUGACGGCACUCACGGAAACGAUGCGUCAUGAGCUACGGAUGGCCGAUACCAAAAUCAAAGUGACGAGCAUUAGUCCGGGAUUGGUCAACACGGAAGCGGUUCCUGAUGCCAUGAAAGUGGGUCAGACACCGAUACUGGAACCGGAGGAUAUUGCCGAUGCCAUACUGUACGUGCUGGCCACACCGCCGAGGGUGCAGAUUCAUGAGCUAACCAUUAGACCGGUUGGUGAAAUGAUGUGA